AAUGUAAUACAACAUGUUAUAAUUUAUAAUAAAUAAUUAAUAAGAAAAUUAAUUAAAUCAAAUUAAUAAAAAAAUUAAUAAGAAAAAAAACCAUUAUUUUUAUUAACUAUAUUAUAAUUAAUUAAUUAAUUAUUAAAAACAAACAAAUAAAUUAAAAAUUUUAUUUAAAUGUAUAGUAAAUAUUUGACAGUAAUCAGAUGACAACAUCAAAUAAAAAAUAUUUUUAUAUUGGUGGAGUUGUUGGUGUUGCAUUACUUGCAUUUUUAGUACAUUACUGGUAUACACAUCGUACAGAUGAUGAUGCUAAACAUAAAAGUUUACAUGCAUUAGAGCAUGCUGUUAAACAUAAAUUACGUCAUUUACAUGUCGAUUAUUUAUUAAGAAAUCCAAAAUUUUUUAUGUAUCGUAAUAAAUUAUUACGUAAUUAUAAACCACAACCAUAUGAUGAUCCAACUGUUAUAUGGGAUAUUGUUAAUUGGUGGCCAAAUGAAAAUGAUAUAUAUCCACAAUAUGAUUCAACAAUGGGACAAUUAUUAUUAACAUUAAAAAAUGAAACAAUUACAAAAGCAAAAUUAACACCAAAAGGUACACAAUUAAAAUUAUUAUUAAAAUUAUCAUCAAUACAAAAAGUUAUAUUUAAACCACAACAUUAUAAUCGUGAUGAUAUUAUUGAAGGACCAAUAUAUUCUGGUAAAGAUCGUCAUAAUUCAGAAAUUUAUUCAUUUUAUUUGGGUGCAGUAUUAGAUUUACGUUGGACACCAAUUGCUGUUGGACGUCGUAUUAAUUUAGAAGAAAUAUAUAAAGUUGCUGAUUCAACAUUAAAAAAAUAUUUUAUAUUAAAUGAAAUUGAAAAUGGUGAAACAAGUAAUACUAAUAAUGAUAAUAAUAAUAAUAAUAAUGAAAAUGAUAAUGAUAAUAAUGGUGAUAAUGAUGAUACUAAAAAAAAUAUUAAUUAUUGUUUUUAUGGUACAUGUCAUUUUUGUAGUGAAGAUGAACCAGUAUGCGGUGAUGAAAAUAAUAUGCUAGAAGGUGCUAUAUUAUUUAUGAUACCUGGUAAUAUACAUAAACAUAAAUCACCAUGGCAACGUACAUAUAAAGAAACAACACGUGCCGAAUGGGAAGAUAAUAUGCAAUUUUGUAAACCAUUAAAAUCAAAAAUGCAAUUAACAUUAUUAUUAGAUUUAAUUGAUGCAUCAAUAUUUGAUUAUUUAAUACAAAAUGGUGAUAGACAUCAUUAUGAAACAAGAGAUGAUCGUUUAAUAUUAACAGAUAAUGCAAAAGGUUUUGGUAAUCCAAGUAAAGAUGUAUUUGAUAUAUUAGCACCAUUAUAUCAAUGUUGUUUAAUACGUAAAACCACAUGGGAUAGAUUAACUGUAUUAUCUGGUGGUUCAUUAACUGAUUUAAUUGAUCGUAUGACAAAAAAUGAUGAUUUAUAUCCAUUAAUUAGUGAAAAACAUAGAAAAGGUAUAGAAAGAAGACUGUUAACAAUAUAUGCUGUUGUAGAACAUUGUAUGGAUUUAUAUGGUGAAGAUAUAUUAAGAUCAUAAUUAUAUUAUUGAAAAAUAAUAUUAUGUGUAAACAUAUUAAAUUCAAAUAUAUUUUAUAUUCAUAACAAUGCAAAACAAAAAAAAAAAUAGCAAAAUGUAAUUUGAAUUUAUGAAAAUUCAAUGAAAUACCUAAAUUAAAUUUUUUAUUUUUUGUUGUAAAAUUCUUUCGCAAAUAAAGACAUAAUUUAUAUACAUAUGUGUAUGUGCAAAAUAUUUAUAAUAUUUUU